CCGGCGCUCAACGCCUUUUACCCAAAGCAGAAGGUGAUCACGGUCCGUUCCUCGAUGCAUCUUACCUAAUCGCUUGAACUUGGUCCUCGUCCAGGAUCCACUCGGUUAUUAACUGGUCCUGGCCGCAUCGCCUACAUUAUCUCCCUCUUGUUCUUCUCGCGACGACAUUUUCGAUAUACCGCUCCGUGCCUCGACGGCAACCCUCCCCCAAAUGCGUCGCGUACCUGCUAGAGUAUUUCGGACGACCUUUCAAUGUGCCGUCCGGGGUCUCUCGCGUACUAGUCGUCUGCGUCGCCCCAUUCUUUGGCAGCACCGCAAUGUUGGUCUAAGUCUACGAUCUACCGCGUCGUCGUCUGCCUCGUCCUCCACCUCGUCCGCGUCCGCACCCCCCUCCUCUCGGCCGUCCUCGUCCUCGUCGCCCUCUUCUCCCCCGAGACCAAACUAUGCUGUAGGCGAACCCUUGCGAUCCUCCAUGUACUUCCGACGCUUCUCCGUCGCCUUGGUAUCUGGCCUGGUUGGGUACGGCGCCUGGUACACGUACAAAGGGAGCAGCGAUCUGGAGCAGGCUGGGUCGAAGUCCUUCUCGACGACGCCCACCCAAUUGGCCAAGACUGUCGCGCCCACGCGGAAUGUCCUCGUCGUCGGGGCCGACGAGAUACACACAGGCACAUUCGUUGGCGAGGGUCCGAUAGCGAAGAACGUUGAUGGUAGUGGAAGAAACGUGCUCGAGAUGCUUACCCCGGAGCAGGCCACGGAAAAACUCCGUCAAAGCGAAGUCUCCUUCUUGGUAAACCGGGGACAAGGCGUCUUACGUUAUGACGUUGUCCAGCUUGCCAGUAACAAUCCUAUAGAAGACGACCAUGCGGAGAAGAUCGUAGAAAUAGUUUCACAGGAGCACAAGAAAGACGCCGAUCAUGCCACCGAUGACUGGAUGUUUUGGGGCGUUUUCGAUGGACAUGCUGGCUGGACAACAUCGGCAAAGCUCCGGCAGACUCUAAUCAGCUUCGUCGCUCGAGAACUAAAUACCACCUACAAGGCGGCUAAACAAUUGGGAACGGCACCGUCACCAGAAGCUAUCGAUACCGCCAUCAAGCUCGGGUUUACCCGGCUAGACCACGAGAUCGUGAACGAGAGCGUGGAGAGAGUGCUGAAAUCCAAUUCGAAGCGAGUGGCGGCCGAGCUUCUUGGCCCCGCCUUGUCUGGCUCUUGCGCUCUCUUGUCCUUCUACGAUACCAGCUCCAAGACCCUCCGUGUCGCGUGCACCGGCGACUCCCGGGCUGUCCUAGGCCGACGUAGCGCCUCCGGGAAAUGGACGGCAACCGCCCUGUCCGAGGACCAAACCGGAAGUAACCCGAAGGAAGUGGCGCGGAUGCGCAAUGCCCACCCGGGCGAGGACCGCGUCAUCCACAAUGGCCGAGUCUUGGGCGGCUUGGAGCCCACCCGAGCGUUUGGAGACGCGAGCUACAAGUGGAGUAAAGAGAUCUCGGAGCGGUUGCGGGCAUCGUUCUUCGCACGGAGCUCGUCGCCGCACCUCCGAACGCCGCCUUACGUCACGGCCGAACCGGUCGUCACCACAACCAAGAUCCAGCCUGAAAAGGGUGAUUUCUUGGUCAUGGCCACGGACGGCCUCUGGGAAAUGUUAACCAACGAAGAAGUGGUCGGUCUCGUCGGGAAAUGGAUCGAGACCCAGGCAGCGGACCAGUCUGGCUCGAAAUUCGGGACCUCAUGGUCCAAGCUCUUCGGCCCCGGCCAGGGUCUCCCUGUAGAGGCCGGGAAAGAGGGAGGGGCGGACGGCCAGAAGGCGCCAUUCCGAUACCAACAAUGGGGCAUGUCUCCAGACGACAAGGAGCGAUUUGUGGUGAAGGAUAAGAACGUUGCUACGCAUCUCAUCCGGAACGCCCUCGGCGGCAAGAACGAAGAGCAGCUAUGUGCUUUGCUCACGCUCGUCUCCCCGUUUUCGAGACGAUACAGGGAUGAUUUAACCGUCCAAGUCGUCUUCUUCGGCAAUGGCCAGAGGACCGGAGAGGUGCUUGUCAACGAAGAGGCCUCGAGCCCCCCACAAUCACACAUUAAGGCGAGACUAUAAAAGCCCGACGAAGAGAGGCUUCGUCAUGUAGUAUAACGUAGGAGCUCCGAAUAUUUGUUCCUGCAG